AUGGCUAGUCUCAUAAUGCUGCUCAUGUCGAGCGACAUGCUCAAGUCGCUGUGGUUCAUCAUCUUCCCCAUCGCCGAUUUUAGAAAUGGCCCGAUCCCCUCCAGCUCUUCAUUUUGCCAAGCGAGCGGCUUCUUCCUUUCGGUCGGCAUUGAAGCAUCUGAUAUUGCCGUCGUUCUCAUCGCCUUACACACGGCCAUCUACAUUUUCCGCCCCAGAUAUUCCGGUCGACAAAGCGGCCUCUACCCCCACCGCCGGAUUGCAUUCGCCGUCUUUAUCCUCCUGCCACUAUUGAUGGCCUCUCUAGCCUUCAUCAACUCACCCGGUUAUGCGAACAACGGCGAAUACUGCUACUUGCCCGUUCGCCCAGAAUGGACCAGGCUUGCGCUCAGCUGGGUUCCUCGAUACAUGAUUCUGCUCACCAUCGUCGCCUUAUAUGCUUAUAUCUACACAUACGUCACCCUUCGAAUUCGACGAUUCGGUCGCCUCAGCGCUAUGAGAAGAGCAAGUGCGACGCACAUGCACGACGAUUGGGCUCACAUUCCUUCAGUGCCUCCUACCCCAAGCUCACGUCGCGGAUCAGAAACUUCGAUGGAGGAUUCGGAAAGACAGCGGACUUCAUCAACGACCACCACAAUGACGGCGGACAUUGAACUCAUUCACAGCCGUCAGAAGAUUCAGUGGAACUGGCCGACGUACGGAAACGAGGACGGCCGCAUUCCCGAGCAGGAUGAGAGUGUGGAACACACUAGCUUUGACCCCAGCACCAGUCCUCUAUCUGCCACGUUCGAGCCAAUAUCUCCACCUCCGCAAAGUUACAUCCGACGGGACACGAUCGACCUGAGCCCGUCUUACAACUACCAUCCCCACCGUCACAGCUUCAGCACCUACGGCCACCCGCCACACAGCCCGACGACAGCCCGCGCCAAGUCCCUGGCUAACAUCUGGUCCAUCCUCCGGCGCGGCACAACGCUCGACUCGGAUGCCGACCACAAUGCCACGCCCUUCCUGUUCCACCCGGCGAUGGACGGCACAGGCAUGGCCAAGACGCGCGACAAGAUCCGCCGUCAACUACGUCUACUUUUCGUGUACCCCCUUGUAUACAUACUUAUCUGGGCCAUCCCCUUCGUGGCCCAUGUCAUGCGCUGGGACAACCCAGAACAAGCCGGCCCGUUUGCGGUCGUGCUCCUAUCACUAGUGAGCCUGUCAAUACAGGGCCUAGUCAAUGCGUGUUUGUUUUGCGCGGUAGAGAAGCCCUGGAUCGACAGGAGAGCAAAAUACAGAAGAACACCGUCCAAGUUGAGGAGAGACAAGGACGAAGCCCGGCAACGGGUCGGACGACGGACAUCAUCAUUAGCAUAG